AUGAAUUUUAGCGAUUCAACCGUGGUUGAUGAUUCGUCAUUGCAAAUUCCGGAUUCAGUGAAUUUCAUUUUUAUGUUAUUAUUUUCAAUGUUGAUGUUCUGUUACUUACUAGUAUUCCCGAUUUUCAAGUAUAUUUGCAAAAUUAAUGAAGAGCAAGAUCAAAAGGACAAACUCUACCCAGUGAUCAUAAGACUUUUUGCAAUGGUCAAAACAUUUUAUUAUCUAUUCAUACCAUUAACUGCCAGUGUAAUUAUAGCCAAUAAGCCCAAAUUUGGUUACAUAAAACUCCUAAUUAUCUUAAUAUGCUACUUCUUGUUCAUUAUUGCCCAAGCAUUCAACAUUGUAGUGUUUUUAGUUGCUGUUGAAAAAUGGUCGGGCCAUAUGUUCCCAAACUUUGCGCAAUAUGUCACAUCAGCUCGAGAAGUAUUGCUUUAUAAAACUUGGAUUCUGUAUAUUUUCCUGGUGCUUACGGAAUUAGGCAUCUAUGUGGGAAUAAGCUGCACAGUGUCAAAGUCCGCGUUGGAUUAUGUUUUUGGAAGUAUUUUAUUUUGCAUGGCAAUGAGUUCAGUGUUAUCUGCGUUGUUGCAUCUGUCGAUUUUGAAUAAAAUUCGAAAGCUCGCGUACUUAGAGUCGACUCAACUGAAUAACCUUUACAUAUACGUAUUUUGGCUAACAAUUACAGUAGUGGUGUUUAAAGCGAUCUACAUACCAUUCUUCACCAUUAUUUAUCUAAUUUUUCUCCGUCAGUUUUCACUAUAUGUUUUAAUUGUUGUUAUUGGUUGUGUCGAAGGUCUCACGACUCCGUUUAUUAUUGAAACAGUGUAUAUUAUUUGCAACAUUGGCGAAAUCUACACGGUGGACGGCAAAAAAAUUACAGAAGUUUUGAGGCUAUAUUUAAAGUGA